UUGGUUGGAUGCAACUAUUCGCCCUCUCUGAUUGGUCAGAAAUGACGUCUUGUUGAAAAGUGUUGCAUCAGCCAAGAAAUUUGGACAAGAACACGCGGCGAGCACUCGAUUUCGUCAGAUUUCUUCAAGUUUCUUCGUGUUAAAUAUUUGUUUUUUUUGACACAAUGGCUCAAUAAAUCCCGACCGUGCCUUCCGCACGUCUUAACGUUAACAAAAUGGCGUAAGUACAAGUGUUUUAUGUACAGAUUUUAAGAUUUUUGAACACUAAAUUACGCGCCCUUUGGCGCCCUUCUAGAAACGCGAAGUUUUGCUUCAUGUGGCGUCAUAAUAAAUUGCUGUUUUAAAACGCUUUUUUUGUGGGAAAGCUGUAUCAUUUUCUAUUAAAUUUUAGUUAAAAUGUUUCUGUUUACGUUAUAGUUUUAAUAGAGUACGAAAGGCUGUGAAAUGUUUAGUAAAUUGUGUCCGUAUUUUCUCUUUUAGUAUUUUCACAACGUUCAAAGAUUUUAUAAUACAAUACACAGUUUUACACAAACAAGAUGGAGUUCGAAGCAGAGUAUUUGGGAAAUUCAGACAUGUUCACGCAGUUGCUUGGCCAAGAUGAGGGCUUUUCUCUCUUCCAAGAAGUGCAGAAACCUGAUAAUGUAUUGGUAGAGAAAUUAACUGACUAUGGAGGCUCAGUUAAUUUCUGCUCCGGUACAGACUUUGAAGGUAUAAAAAUUGUAUAAUUGGUCAUAACAUUAACAAUGAUUUUUGAAUACGCUGGGCCAUAUAUAUUGCAUAUGAUGUCUGCGACCAGAAAAGAUUUUAUAACGUAACGUGGUUCCUGUAAAAGAACGUAAACUGGCCGAAAUAAUUUUAGUACAGUACACAUAUAAAAAACUACUUCAAUAGACCUUUCCCCUUUUGAGUGAAAUUUUGAUCUAGACAAGUCUGGACAAAAAUUUCAUCACAGCUUGAAAGAGCAUCACAAAAUAAGUAAUAUUCCAAAGUUUCGUUGCGAAAUGUGGAUAAUAUAGCCUUGCGAACUUUGCCGUUUUUCAGUCACUUCGCAUUACAAAUGGGAAAUUGAUAAUCAGAUGAUCAAACUGAUUACCAAUUUCCCAUUUGUUAUACAAGAUGACUGAAAAACGGCAAACUUCACAAGGCUAUAUUAUUCGCAUUUUACAACAUUUCGCAACGAAACUUCGGAAUAUUACUAAUUUUGUGAUGCUCUUUCAAGCUGUGAUGAAAUGUUUGUCCAGGCUUCUCCAGAUCAAAAUUUCACUCACAAGGGGAAGGUCUAUUGAUCAUGCUGCUCAGAAUUCAGUCCUGUAAUUAUCCAUUUAUAUGUACCGUUUCUCUUUUUAGAUGUUGACUCGUUGUUCGACAAUGAAUGGAUGACGUCAAAGAUUGAUUUAGAACAACUUGACAGCAACUUCAACUUGGUUGGCGUCAAUGAAAUUCAGCCUAGUAUCGCCCUUUUGCCUACGGUUGACACAAAAACCCAGUCCCCCUCAAUUCUUGCUGCCUUGUUUAGUGGCAAACCCCUCGACAUUGAAAAGGUUGAUCUAACAGACACUAGCUCUGUCGGUAUCGAUGAGUCCGUUCCAGAAGAGUGUGGUCCAUCCUCUCCUGAACAACACGUACCGGAUGUGGAAGCAGACGUCAUCUUCAAAGCCUUUCUCGAUCGCUACCUUGCAGCCGCUAAAACCUCUGCCCAAGAGGAUAGCCCUUUGGAAGACCCCUCCGAGAACGACGUCUUCAUUGUCGAGACUGUUGACACCCAGAAAGCUUCCAAAAGAAAAAUGUCUGACUCCACCCCCGAAGGUCCAAAAGCCAAAGUCAAAACACCCGAGCAAAAACAGCGAAAGCGGAUGCAAAACCGAAAUGCUGCAACGAGGUAUCGUUCUAAGAAACGCAGCGAACAAGAGAUUCUGAAUGCAAAGUGCCUUGAACUUGAGGGGGAGAAUAAAGAACUUCAGAAGAAGAUUGAAAGCAAGCAACAAGAAGUUCAAUACUUAAAAGAUUUAAUUAUCGAUGUAUUUAGUAAAAAGCAUGCAAAAAUUGGUUGAUAAUGUUCAAGUCAAAAACUUUUUUAUGUAUUUAUUUGCUAGCAAUAGUUUGAGCUUUGUAGGUGUGUUAGGUCCAAGUUUAUUUCCAUAUUAAAUGUUAAAUAUUCUUUAACCCAUUGCUUUCCCUUUAUGAGUAAAAUCAUCUGGCAUUAGACAGUAAAUUAGUUUUACAAAGUGGGGUGCAUUGCAACUUAAUGGUUAAUUUAGAUUAGCACAUGCUAGGAUAGUAUUCAUAUACUCAAUCGUAACUAUCCUGUAUAAAGAUUAGUAAUUAUAAUGUGUACGAUGCAAUUUGGUGGAAUGUUUGUUGUUGUAUUUCUUUUAGUGUAGCCUGCGAACAGGCCCUGGGUUGCGGGCGGCGCGAAGAAUAGAGGGCCUGCACGGAUGAUAGGUUUUCUUGGUAGUGGCGUUCGUAUAGAAACGCAGGC